CCAUCUCUCUUUACUCCCCCACAUCCUCCUCCCUUCUUUUCCUUCCCCUGCUCUCUCUCCUCUCCCCCUUCUUCAACCCGGUGGUAUCGCCCGACGGAGGAGAAGAGAGCGCAGUUGUCGGCUGCAGGUUUCCCGGAGAGGAACGCACAGUGGCUGAGGAAACAACACAUAGAACCUGUUUCUGUCUUCGCUGCAGAAAAGUGCGAGAUUGACUAUCUUUUACCCUCUUUUUUCAUCCGACUGGUAUUUUCAUCAUCCAGAGGAAUACAAUCUGCAUUAGAGAAUCAAUCUGAAAAGACAGACGGCCCUCUCAGCCCCGUCCCCACACACCAGUGAUGCUUAGCUGCUUUUUCCCAGAGGCCCACCUUGGCAGUUAGAGGAGAGGUCAUCACCAUGACAGCGUCCUCACAGGACUCCAACCCCUCAUUUCUGGCUGGCCUCUUUCUCCUAUUCCUCCUCUUGCCAGCUGUUUACAUGCAGAACUUGGCUGUCCCAACACCCCCAACCACACCUUUGUUUGACCCGCUGACCCAGGCAGAGUGCACAAAGAAGGACCAUCCAAAGGUUUCCAUCCAAGCACUCAGCCCAUGGAUUUCUACAUUCUUCCAACCUGGUGUGAGAGACUACUCACAGCUCACCCUUGACCUGACUAGGAAUGAGCUUAUUGUUGGUGCCAGAAACUACCUUUUCCGACUGGAUCUCCAUAACCUCUCUCUAAUACAGGCGACAGAGUGGGCACCGGAUGAGGAAACCAGGAAGUCAUGUCAGAGCAAAGGCAAAACAGAGAUGGAAUGCCAGAAUUAUAUCAGAGUCCUUCUGGUGAACAAGACUGAGGUCUUGACCUGUGGCACUAAUGCUUUCCAGCCACUGUGUAUUACCAGAGAGGUUGGUAACAUGAGCAGAGUGCUGGAGCGCGUAAACGGGGUGGCUCGCUGUCCGUACGACCCUCGUCACAACUCCACGGCAGUGGUAACUGAAAGCGGAGAGCUCUAUGCCGCCACUGUCAUCGACUUCUCAGGACGUGACCCCGUCAUAUACAGGAGCCUGGGCGGCAUGCCCCCGCUGCGCACUGCUCAAUACAACUCCAAAUGGCUCAAUGAGCCCCACUUCAUCUCAGCCUAUGACAUCGGCCUCUUUACCUUCUUUUUCCUGAGGGAGAAUGCGGUGGAGCACGACUGCGGCAAGACAGUCUAUUCCCGCGUGGCCAGGGUCUGCAAGAACGACAUCGGCGGACGGUUCCUCCUGGAGGACACCUGGACCACAUUCAUGAAGGCUAGGCUCAACUGCUCCCGCUCUGGAGAGAUCCCCUUCUACUACAAUGAGCUCCAGAGCACUUUCUACCUGCCUGAGCAAGACCUCAUCUAUGGCAUCUUCACCACCAAUGUCAAUAGCAUCGCAGCCUCGGCAGUGUGUGCCUUCAACCUGAGCGCCAUCACCCAAGCCUUCAAUGGGCCCUUCCGCUCCCAGGAAAAUCCUCGCUCCACCUGGCUUCCCACAGCCAACCCCAUCCACAACUUCCAGUGUGGUACUAUAAAUGACAAAGGUCCCAAUGAGGGUUUGACGGAGCGCAGCCUUCAGGACGCACAGCGGCUUUACCUGAUGAACGACGUGGUCCAGCCAGAGUCUGUCGAUCCUCUCGUCAUGCAGGAUGAUGUCCGCUUUUCCAACCUUGUUGUGGACAUCGUUCAGGGCAUGGACACCCUUUACCAUGUUAUGUACAUCAGCACAGAAUAUGGCACCAUCCUAAAGGCGCUUGCCACACCCAACAAAAACCUGCAGGGUUGUUACCUGGAGGAGAUGGAGCUCCAUCCAACUGGUUUCCGAGAACCAAUCUUGAGUCUUCAGAUCCUGCACAGCGACAGGUCAAUCUUUGUUGGCCUCAAAGACAAAGUCCUCAAGAUCCCCCUCGUGAGGUGUUCUUCCUACAAAACUGAGACACUUUGCUUGGAGGCCAGGGACCCCUACUGCGGCUGGGACUUCAGGCAGCGCAAAUGCACCACACUGGAGGAGAGCUCCAACAUGAGCCAGUGGAAACAGAACAUCACCAUUUGUCCACUGCGGAACCAGACCUUUGAUGGUGGCUUUGGACCAUGGACUUCAUGGCACCCCUGCAAUAAUGAUGAUCCAUUGGAUGGUGUGAGCUCUUGUUUGUGUCGCUCCAGAUCAUGUGACAGCCCUGCCCCUCGGUGUGGAGGCAAAAACUGUGAAGGGCCCAUUAUUGAAGUCUCAAACUGCUCAAGGAAUGGAGGCUGGACACCCUGGUCGUCAUGGGGACAGUGCAGCACAACCUGUGGUACAGGCUUCGAGAUGCGCCAGCGUUCGUGUAACAACCCCUCACCCCGACACGGAGGGCGAGUGUGCGUGGGGCCCACCAGGGAUGAACGGUUCUGCAAUGAGGGUGUAUCAUGUCCUCAGCCUAUUUUUUGGACCCCAUGGGGCUCUUGGACUAAGUGCAGCACAGAGUGUGGUGGAGGCGUCCAUUCCAGGGUCAGAUCCUGUGAGAAUGGCAACACGUGUCCAGGAUGUGCACUGGAAUACAAGGCCUGUAACCUAGAGGCAUGUCCAGAGGUGAAGAGGAACACACCUUGGACGCCCUGGAUGCCUGUCAAUGUAACCCAAGGUGGAGCUCGUCAGGAACAGAGGAUGCGCUACAUGUGCCGGGCCCACCUGGCUGAUCCCCACGAGCUGCAGAUCGGACGGAGGAAAGUGGAGACCCGCUUCUGUCCAAAUGAUGGAACAGUGGUCUGUGAGACAGAUAGCCUCGUCGAAGAGCUGCUAAAAACGCCAGUGGUGAGAAUGGCUGGGAUGAGCUGGUCAUCGUGGGAGACCUGGUCCAGCUGCUCUCAGAGUUGUGCCAAAGGUUACCGCACUCGUAGGCGAACCUGUUCUGGACCAGAGGGGAAGAGUGCCCCUGUGGCAUGCCGGGGCUCCCCUGUGGAAUACCAGGACUGUAAUGUGCAAGCAUGUGCCGUGAAAGGUGCAUGGUCCUGCUGGUCUCCCUGGUCUCAGUGCUCAGUGGGCUGCGGUGGUGGUCACUACCAACGGACACGCUCCUGUAACAGCCCUACCCCCGCCAACGGAGGAGACAUUUGCAUAGGCCUGCACACCGAGGAGGCUCUGUGUAACACGCACACAUGUGAUGGUGGAUGGAUGGCCUGGUCACUGUGGUCAGCCUGUGAUGACUCAGGCUUCCAAAUGAGAAGUCGAGUGUGUGGUGCUCAGGGCAACAGCCCUUGUGUGGGGAACAACACUCAGCGCAGAGACUGCAAUGAAAUACCUGUCAUUCUUCCAGCAUCUGGUUUUGAUAAGGACCAACAAUGUGGAGCCUUCACCUCCAUCCACCUAAUUGCCACUGGCGUUUCCUGCUUCCUGGGGGCGGGACUGCUGUCCUUCCUGAUCUAUGUUUAUUGUCAACGAUUCCACAAGCCCUCGCAAGAGUCUGCCGUCAUUCAUCCAACCACCCCGAACCACCUCAACUACAAGGGCAACACCACACCAAAGAACGAGAAGUACACACCCAUGGAGUUUAAGACACUGAACAAGAACAACCUGCUGCCAGACGAAAGAUCCAACUUCUACCCAACGCCACUCCAGCAGACCAAUGUCUACACAACCACUUACUAUCCCACACCGCUUGGCAAAUUUGACUACCAACCCAACUCCUCCCCUUCACCAUGCAGAACCUACAACAACAGUAACAACAGCUGAGACACAGCCCACGCCUGAUUCUCCACUCCCCCCUGCCCCAAAUGGACACCGGUACCAUGGUGACAAAAGUGAACCAAUGUGAACUGAAAUGUUUCUCUGCUCACCGUCACCUCUCUGCUCCCGUAGUCUCUUCUGCCAGGUGGGGUUUGUGUUUUCAGGGGUGUUUUUGGAACUUUCCAUCGAGGGGCGUAGAUUUGGACAACAAAGCCUGUGUCCUGGUAAAGUCAAGAACUUAUGCAACCGGUUUGGGGGUUUGUUUUUGUAAGGAAUCCAUCGGGAUGUAGCUGUGUCAACCCAGCGCUUUAUGUGGGGAACAAGUGAAAAGAAAUACAACAAAGUUCUGACUUUGAGAUGAUUGUUGUGACUACUUCAGCACAGGUGCCGGGUCGUGGACCUCCAUCUGCAAAGACUGAUGAGAAUCUGGCAUAAUGAAAUAAACACUUUUAGGGGAUACAUGUUACCAUUUUAUGCCUCUCCAUUACAAGCAACAUUCUCGGCCUAUAAUGAACUUGAGUCCUUCAACAACAAAAGCAGUUUUAGAGAGCAAAGGGCACACAUGUUCGCGUUUUUGCCGCGCAGCACAGAGUGAGGGAACGAAAACAAAAGGGAAAAAGAAUGAACAACAUCGACAACAAAAUAAAUUAAACAUCAAUAUCAGCUUGGUUUUGCGGGAAGGGAAAUACACUCCCCUCUUUGUUGGUGUUUAACAUGAUGGGAAAGAUAAGAAGUUUAAAGGUAAUUAAGCUUUUUUAUGACUGUUUGAGAAAAGUCACAUGAAGCAUUGUCACCCUCAGCUGGAGAGAAUUAUUGUCAAAACCUGCUUUCGAUCAAAGUCCUGAUCCUGUUUGAAGACGAGGACGUGCUCAUGAGAUCAAAUGUCGUGGCGGCGUUCAGAACUGUAAAAGCUUUGGGAAUGCCGUGGGUGCCUGUACACAACUGAUGAAGGGGGUGAAAUUUGUUCCCAAUUCUGUUUCUUCGCUUUUUGUUUCAUCCGAGAUCAGUAAGGACACCUGGAGAAGAGAAUUAAUUAAUUCUCCAAUUAAUUCUCCACUGAAUAAAUGCAUUUCUACUGAGUGCUAAAUAGCUCAGUGGUCAUAUCAAAUAUGACCAGUGUGCUGAAGAACUGGAUUGGGGUUUUUCUAUGAUGGUAGAAUAAGCUAGCAGACUGGCACUUGUUAUUUUCUAAAUGUUUUGUUUUUAAGAUGGUUUUAUGUUCACAAUGAGCUGUAGCAUAGAAGGAAAUAUUUUGUUAAAUAAGAAUAUUACUGAUUAUUAAAUCUUGUUUCUCUAAUUUCAUUUUCAUAACAAAUGCAUCGUCAAUACGUGAAAUGUUACAAAAAUAAAACGAUGAAUUUUAAAGUCUCUUUUUUGCUUUCUUUUAAAUAAUUACUAACAUUGCCAACCCCUUUCACCCCCUACUGAGGUUUGCGUGUGCAUGCUUGUGUGUGCGUGUGUGUGUGUGAAAUUCUGUCACUCGUCAGCUGGUUAGCUUGUUUUUCUCAGUGUGACGUCUGAGCUGUUCAUCGUGAGUUCAGCAGUGCGCCUCUGGUUCUCAAGGUGGAAUGUACAUUAUUUAUAACCACAGCUUGGUUUAUAAAGGGGCAUUUUCACUGCUAUAUUUUAUUAUUAUUGCCCGAUCGAUGAAUGGUGACCCUACGAGGCUUUUGUCAGUUCCGCUAAUGUACAUGCACGACAUGAGAGCUCUAUCUGUAUAUAGGAGCAUCAGCCUUCUGGCCAAUUAUUUUCCCUGAAGAGGAAUGUAUAAAUGACUCUGCAUACUGUACAGCUUAUACUUUGUUUAAAAAAAAAUAAAAGAAGCCUUAUAGUUGUUAAAAAAGUGCAGCAGCUGAGUACACAAUAAACCAUGAGGUUUGUUUUGGGGGACAGAGCUCCGUGAUGUGACUGAACACCCGUAGUUUGCGUGACCUCAACCAGCUGCUCAAACAAGAGAGAGUAAUUCACUGCAGCACUGAUGAGAAUCAAAAACUAUACGAAUGAUCUAAAAUCAGCUAACUGGAAACGAAACUGAUCAUUUUGAUCAUGCUAAUUUUGGACUGGCCUGGUCUAAAUGCUGCAAACAUGUGAUUGGUCAUUCUGAGCUCUGCCCCCCGUGAUGUGAGACUCUGUGCCCUUCUAUGCAACUUAGCAGGUGUACUGUUAGACCUGUCAUAUAGACUAUAAUCACUGCCUUUUAGACACUGUGAACUUUUUUGUACCCUAUAUUUUUGUAUAUUGUACAUGAUUAAGGACAAUAAACCUUGAUGCCAACACAUCAA